CGGUAGUUGACGUUGUGCUGCCGAGGAGGCAACUAGUCUGCACUAUACUAAAGUCAGCCGCGUCUCAUUAAGAAACUUUUGAAAGCCGUAGCGGCAAAUAUGCCGCUUCUACAUCAGGACAAUAGUCGUGGUGGCGGUGGAUCGCGUGAGAACCGCCGCUCUUUGGCAGAGUUUUUGGGCCUGGAUACCUCCCAACUAGCUGAAGCAGCAGCACCGAGAACAAGACCUAACGAAGGCGAUAAUGAGUGGCGAUGGGAGAGCCCCAGCAGCCCCGAGGCCGCACAGACCCCGCGUACACUUGUACCACCAACCUGCUUCCCGCCACGACAUCCUACCUCUUUCACGAGCUACAGUGAGAGCGCGCGCCCUGGAGGCUGGGAGGAAUCCUCUGGACAAGGGAUAACGGACCUUGUUGCUUCCUUAAAGGCCCUGGCGAUGCCUCCGGCGGCGAAUUCCCGUAAUAAUUCUUAUCAAACUCGUCUUAGUUGUGACGCUCUAGAAUCUGUGGAGCCGCCGUGGCCGCCAGAAGGAGCUCGCGGGCAACCGCGCGACGAGUCCCGUGUGUUACCACGCCGCGCUUCUUUCUGCGGCGUCGUAGCGGGCGGCAGGAACGGCGGCGACGCGCUGAGCUGGAGCGGUGCCCUUCCGGCGCGCUGUCUCGACCCCAGCGGCGGCUUCUCUGCCAAGCUGUUUCUAGGCGGCCUGCCAUGGGACAUCACGGAGCAGGCACUUAUGCACGCGCUCCGGCACUUCCAGCCAGUGCGCGUGGAGUGGCCGGGGCGCGGCGCGGGCGGCGGGGCGGCGCCGCGCGGCUACGCGUACGUGACGCUGGAGAGCGAGCGCCGCGUGCGCGCGCUGCUGGCGGCCGCGCGCCGCGACGGGCCCGACUGGUACUACCGCGUCGCCUCGCGCAACAUGCGCACCAAGGAGGUACAAGUGAUACCCUGGGCGGUGUCUGACUCGAACUGGGUGGGCGCAGGAGGAGCGGGCGGCGGUUCCGUCCGGCUGGAGCCCGCCCGCACGGUGUUCGUGGGCGCCCUGCACGGCAUGCUGUCCGCUUCUGCACUCGCUACCAUAAUGAACGAUCUGUUUUCCGGAGUAGUGUAUGCGGGUAUCGACACUGACAAAAAUAAGUACCCGAUUGGAUCGGGUCGUGUGACUUUCAAUAACGUCAGAUCGUACGUACGCGCCAUCUCCGCUGCCUAUGUAGAGAUACGUACUGACAAAUUCACGAAAAAGGUUCAAGUCGAUCCUUACUUGGAAGAUUCCAUGUGCUCAGUGUGCAAUCUACAGCAAGGACCCUAUUUUUGCCGUGAACCAGUUUGUUUUAGAUAUUUUUGCCGCUCGUGUUGGGCCUGGCAACACUCGACGGAAAACCACAAGCCACUCAUGCGCAACUCUAAAAGCGCUCAGAUGCCGCUGCAGCCGGUCGCUCUGGGCAACGGGAACAAUGCACCUCGACAAUCCUCGCCAAGUGAGGGGAGCAUCUUCAACGGAGGCUUCAACUUGGCCAGUGAUGCGACACCGUCCCCGCCGGCGAGCGGCUCGGAGGCGGCGGGGGACGAGGCCGCUGCAGAGUGGGCGCGCGUGUAACGGCCAACGACAACCGACAACAAACCAACCAACCAAAACCAACCAACCAACAAUAACACCGGCAGUUGUCGAGCCGCUAUUAAGUUGGGCGCUUCGUCAGCCAGCUUGAUUUAAUAAAUUGUGGAUCUAUUAGUAUUAGUUAAGUUUCGUUGAUUACUUUGAUUAUUUUUGUUGAUAUCGUUAAAUAAAUGCGAACACGAGAUUUUGCUUGACGAUUUCUAUCAUUGAUCAAUUAUAGUUGUAUUUUGGUUAUGGCUCUUGUAUAACUUCCGCAAAAUUAUCUGUUACCGCCAACAGGCUGACGCAAUAAUCGUGCGUUGUCUGUGGAAAAUUUUUAAAGGUUUUUAAGGUGCCCGUUGUAUUGGGCGAUAUUCACUAUUACUUUUUAAGAACAUUUUAAAACGCUUUUAAUCGAGUGAUUUUUAUAGAAUUUUAAGUGAAACAAAAAACGCUGA